CAUUUCUCACAUAAUAGAAGAGCGAGAAGAGAUGAACAUGCGCGCGCAGAUCCCCGCUUUUUUAGCGCUAAUGCGACCCUAUAUAUGAAAUCAUCGGACCAGGUCGGGGCAUCCAAUUGACAACUAAGUUUCAUAGUGAUCUCUCAAAUUUUUUUAGAGCUACAAUGACGGAACCACUUGAGCAAAUGUCUAAGAAUGAUACCAUCAAACUUCGUGAGAGACACAUUGGACAAUCCUGUAAGCUCUUUUAUCGAUCAAGUCCCCUGAAGAUAGUCAGAGCAAGUGGACAAUACAUGUAUGAUGAAAGAGGAGAACGUUACCUUGACUGUAUCAACAAUGUUGCUCAUGUUGGUCAUUGUCAUCCUGAAGUAGUGCGAGCUGGUCAAGAGCAAAUGGCUUUAUUGAGUACCAAUAACCGUUUCCUGCAUGACAAUUUGGUGAUUUGUGCUCGUCGAUUGACUUCUCUCUUACCCGAGCCUCUUUCUGUAUGCUUCCUCGUCAACUCCGGAAGUGAAGCGAAUGAUUUAGCACUUCGACUUGCAGAAGCACACACUGGAAAUAAAGAAGUUGUGGUUUUAGAUCAUGCUUAUCACGGACACUUGACCUCAUUGAUCGAUAUCUCACCCUACAAGUUUAAUCAACUCAAGAACGGAAAAAAAGACUGGGUACAUGUGGCUCCUUGUCCGGACACUUACCGGGGAAAAUAUCGAGACGUAGACUAUCCGGAAGCGGAUCUUGGAGAGAAGUACGCAGCCGACGUGAAGAGGAUUUGUGACGAUGUUAAGCGAAAAGGACGAGGAAUUCGUGCAUUCAUUGCUGAAACACUUAUAUCUGUUGGGGGUCAAAUAAUUCCACCGAAGAAUUAUUUUAAAAAUGUUUACCGUUAUAUCCGUGACGCCGGCGGUGUUUGUAUUGCGGAUGAGGUUCAAGUUGGCUUUGGUAGAGUUGGAUCUCAUAUGUGGGCCUUCCAGCUUUAUGGUGAGGACGUAAUACCGGACAUUGUAACGAUCGGCAAACCAAUGGGAAAUGGACAUCCCGUGGCAGCAGUUAUAACGACCCAAGAGAUAGCUGCAAGUUUCAAAGAUACAGGCUUAGAGUACUUUAACACGUACGGAGGUAACGCAGUAUCAUGUGCUGUCGCUAACGCAGUGAUGGAAGUCAUAGAGAAAGAAAAUUUACAAGAGCGUGCUGCCAAAGUUGGUCAACAUUUACUUAACCAAUUGAUGAAAUUAAAAAUGCGACGAAAAUUAAUUGGUGAUGUACGUGGUGUUGGAUUGUUUAUUGGCAUCGAACUGGUACGUGAUAGACAGCGCAGAAUACCAGCUACAGCUGAAGCAAAACACGUCGUGUCUAGAAUGAAAGAUGAAAAAAUUCUUGUGAGCAGCGAUGGACCGGAUAAUAACAUUUUGAAAUUGAAACCACCAAUGGUUUUUUCGACAGAGAAUGCAGACCACUUUAUCAAUACUCUAGAUGAUAUUUUGCAGGAGGUUGAAAUUGAUGAAGAAAUUGAGGUUCUUGAACCGACCACCACGAUAUUGAAAGCAGUCAUCUCAUCUGUGAAUAUUGAUCCUUUGGAAAUACCGCAGGAAACAGAACCCGUAGUUAUUCGAGCAAAUUAAAUGUGGUGAAAAAAUACUGAAAUAAUUUGAACUGUUAUUUAUUUGUGGUAUUUUAAACACUAAAUCAUACAUAUCAUUUUUUGUUAAAUUUUAUUAAUUAGCCUUUAUGUAAAUAUUACUCAUGUAAAUAAGUUAUUUUCUUACCACAUUAGUCUGUAAAAUCAAUAAUAUAAAAAAUAUAUGUACAUGUAUAUCAUUUUAACUAUAUAACAAUCAUAAAAAACUCUAAUGAUUAUCAAGUAUUGUAAUAAUAGAUGAAUAAAGAUACAAUAAAAUGUUUAAAGGUGAACAAAUAUUAUUAUAAUAU